AUGCAAGCCCUUCGACAGCAAGCUUCAUCAUCAUCAUCACCGGUUAAUCUCCUCUCGACUCUCAUCAGUUCUUACGCUCUCUACAACUGCGACCCAACUCCAAAUUCUUACCAUUUUGUCAUCAAAACCCUAAUUAAAACCUCUCAAUCCCACUACAUUCCUCCCGUCCUCUACCACCUCGAGAAAGUCGAGAAAUUUGAAACACCCGAAUCGAUUUUUACUGAUUUAAUCGAGUUCCACGGUGAGAACGAAGAGUUUCAGGAAGCAAUUGAUCUUUUCUUUAGAUUACCUGAUUUUAGGUGUACCCCUAGUGUGGAUUCGCUCAAUUGUUUGCUCUCGGUUUUGUGUAAGCGAAAAGAGGGUCUUGAAGUUGUGCCACAGGUUCUGUUAAAGAGUAGGUUAAUGAACAUUCGUCUUGAAGAAUCCAGCUUUUGUAUAUUAAUCAAAGCGCUUUGUAGAUUCAAAAAGCCAAAAAAUGCGAUUAGUUUGUUGUAUCAUAUGGUCGAUCAUGAAAUUGACAUUGAUCGCGGGAGUUUUUCAUUGAUACUCUUGACAUUGUGCCAGCAAAACGAUCUCAAACGUAAUGAAGUUAUCGAUUCGCUUGAAGAAAUGAAGAAAUUAGGGUUUUGCCUCGACAGAGCAGAUUGGGUGAACGUAAUUCGGUUAUUGGUGAAGAGGGGAAACGGCAAGGAAGGUUUGGAGGCGUUGAGUGAAAUGAAAUCCGAUGGCUUUAAGCCUGAAGUUAUUUGCUAUACUAUGGUUAUGGAUGGGUUGAUUUCUGAAAGCGACUAUGAAGGCGUAGACCAACUGUUCGAUGAAAUGCUUGUAAUGGGUUUGGUUCCUGAUAUUAACACUUACAAUGUGUACGUGAAUGGUUUGUGUAAACAGAAUAAAUUUGACGAUGGAAUCAUGAUGCUUUCAAGCAUGGAGGAAAUCGGAUGCAAACCCAAUACAAUCACUUACAAUACACUAUUGGGUGCUAUCUAUGAGAAUGGAGAACUUAGUAAAGCAAGUAACUUUUUGAAACUUGUGAGAGGAAAGGGUGUUUUUGUGAACUCAAGAACGUAUGAUAUAAUGAUUGAUAGGAUGGUUAAAGAAGACGAUAUGUCAGAAGCUUUAGAUCUCUUGAAGGAGAUGGUGUCCAAAAGCAUGGUGCCUCAGCCUGCAACUUUUGAUGAAAUUAUUUGCAGGUUGUGCAAGAAUGGAUUAUUUUCAAAAGCAAUGAAUUUGCUUACUGAAAUGAUGGGAAAGAAUGUUCUUCCGGGGUGUAGAUCAUGGGAAACACUGUUAGUUGGAUUACAAAUUGAGCAUUCAUUUAAUGAGAUUAAUUUGAGUGCUAUGGAAACAAUUUCUGCAAAAUAG